GUAACUGUUGUUGAGGAUUGGCUCUGAGUCCUCGCUUGAGUCGAGGCUUAUUGCGGCUCAUUGCUACGAGACGUCACCACCUCACGACGCAAGACACAACAACACUCCAAUCCCCGUGACCUCCAGCUCGACAAGUCGGAGCUCACCCGUGUGCAACAACCCACCCUCGGAGACGGAGAGAUUCACUACUUCAAUUAUCGAUUGAUUCUACUUCUCAGGCUGAAUGGCUUUCGAUCCGGCGUCCUUCAACCCAGCUGCGGGGUUUCCCGACUUCGCCGACUUGUCGCCCAUAUUCCAUGUCGAACAGGUCCAAUUGCAGUUCCAAGUGGCUGCUGAUUUUGCUGCUGUUCAGGUCGCGAACAAUGUCAUCAUUCUAGCUCUUGUUUCCGGAAGGCUUCUGCGCAUCGAUCUGGCAAAUCCGCAAGACGUAGAUGACAUCGACCUCCCAAAGAAAGCAUCCGAAGUCGGCACCAUUCGAAAGGUCUUUCUCGAUCCUACAGCCUCACACCUCAUAAUAUCCACGAGCCACGGCGAAAACUUCUAUCUACACUCACGCUCAACGAAGCCGCGCCAUCUCUCGCGAUUAAAGUCGGUACAUAUCGAGUGCAUUGCAUGGUCACCGGCGCUUCCUUCAACGUCCACGCGCGAGAUCUUGGUCGGUGCACAAGAUGGAAGUGUGUAUGAAACCUACAUCGAGGGAGUGGAAGAAAGCUUUAUGCGGCGGGAAGAGAAAUACUCCAAGCUCGUGUACAAGACGGCGGAUGGGUCGCCUGUGACUGGACUGUGGGUGGAUAUGCUACCAGGCAAGCCGGACCUACGCAGGGUGAUUCUCACAACACCGAGCUCCAUCAUGCAUUGGGUUGGCCGGAUACAACGGUACGGACAUGCGGACAUCGCGUCUAUCUUUGCAAAGUUCUUUGAUUCCGAGGGUCCUAGUGUCGAGGAUUUCAGGGAUAGUUCUUCGCCAUACAGCAUGCUUUCGAUAUCGCCCGAGUCCACGGACGAAGACGAUCCUGCGCGUAUAUACGCUUGGCUGACUGCCGCUGGUGUUUACCAUGGGAAGCUCCUUACCCAGCCUAGUAGCCCUGAACUUGGUACACAUGUGUUUUCCACCUCAAAACUAUUCUCGAAGGCGGCAAUACCCACCAUGAAAUCACCCAUAACUUCGAUAGCUCUGACGGAAUACCAUGUGCUUAUUCUCUGCGGAACGGAUAUAUAUGCGGUCAACCGACUGGACGACUCCAUUGCCUUCCAGGAAGCAAUUGUGGAUCCUGGUACCAAAGUACUCGGUCUUUGCUCAGACGUCAAAAAGUCCACGUUCUGGGUCUUCACCACGGCAGAGAUCUUUGAAGUGGUUGUGUCGGAUGAAGACAGAGACGUGUGGAAAAUAUACCUGGCAGAAAAAUCUUUCGAUGCUGCGAUGAGAUUUGCUAGAUUGCCGACUCAGAAGGACCAGGUCGCCGUGGCUCAUGGAGACCACCUCGUCGCCCAUGGAAAGUAUGUGGAGGCAGCCGGUGUGUAUGGGAGGAGUAGCAAGAGUUUCGAAGAAGUUGCUCUUACGUUCUUGGAGAACGGGGAGCAGGACGCUCUGAGGACGUAUCUAUUGGAGAAACUCGUGACCUUAAAGCCAUCUUCUUCAAUGCAGCGGAUCAUGGUGGCCAGUUGGCUUGUUGAGGUGUUUAUGUCCCGGCUCAAUUCACUUGAGGACCAGCUCUCUACUAUCACCUCACAUGCCCACGCGUCACAGACAUCAUCAGACGCCAUCGCAGCUCAGCUCGCAAAUGUCAAGGAGGAAUACCGGCAGUUUGUGAAUAAGUACAAAGGCGAUCUGGACCGCAAGACCACAUAUGAGAUCAUAUCUUCGCACGGGCGACAGCACGAGUUGCUCCACUAUGCGAAUAGCAUCAACGAUUACAGCUACGUGCUAGCUUACUGGGUGCAAAGAGAGAAGUGGCUCGAGGGAUUGGAUGUGCUGAAACGCCAGACCGAUCCUGAGAUGUUUUACAAGUAUUCGAGCGUCUUGAUGGCCAAUGUUCCCAUGGAGACUGUGGACAUCCUGAUGCGGCAAUCCAACCUGAAGCCAAGAAAUCUGAUACCCGCACUGCUGAACUACAACAAGUUCACGAAUGUUCCCCUAAACCAGAACCAAGCAGUCCGUUACCUCCUCUACGUAAUCCACCAGCUGGGUAGCGAGGAUGCCGCCGUACAUAAUACCCUCAUCAGCAUCUACGCGUCACAUCUUUCGCAGGACGAGCAGCAACUGUUGCAAUACCUCGAGGCACACACCGGCGACUCGCAGUACGACUCAGACUUCGCGUUGAGAUUGUGCAUCCAACACGGCCAUGUGCAAAGCUGCGUGCACAUCUACUCGAGCAUGGGGCAAUACGCCGACGCGGUCGAACUGGCACUGAAGCACGGAAAUGUCGAGCUAGCGAGCAUCGUUGCAGAUAGACCAGAAGAUGAUCCUGUGUUGCGCAAGAAGCUGUGGUUGUCAGUGGCAAAGAAGGUCAUUGCGAAGUCGGACAGCACCAAGAACGCCAUUGAGUUCUUACGGCGAUGCGAGCUUCUCAAGAUUGAAGAUCUGAUACCCUUUUUCCCAGAUUUUGUAGUGAUCGAUGAUUUCAAGGAAGAAAUUUGCACCGCUUUGGAGGACUAUAGCCACAACAUAGACCAACUAAAGAAGGAAAUGGACGAAUCUGCUCGGACGGCGGAACAUAUUCGGGGUGACAUCGCGUCGCUCGACCGAAGGUAUGCGAUUGUCGAGCCGGGCGAGCGGUGUUAUGUCUGUCAAUACCCGUUGUUGUCGCGUCAGUUCUUCGUCUUCCCCUGUCAACAUGCAUUCCAUGGCGACUGCUUGACGACGGAGGUUGUUAGACACUCUGGCGUCGGCAAAAGCCGAAGGAUCGAAGACCUGCAGAACGGCAUUCAACGCGGACUGGUCACAGGGAGGAAGAGGGAAAAAGCAGUAGAAGAUCUUGACAAUCUUGUUGCAUCCGAAUGCAUCCUGUGCAGUGAGUUUGCUAUCAAGAGGAUCGAUGAGCCGUUUGUCCUUCCUACAGAUGAUCUCGCAGAGUGGGCAGUUUGAGCGGUGACGGAAUUUAUGUUGUUGUACGCUGUACGUAGUCAGGAUAUCCAUGGAGCAUAGUGAUGAUUUAGGCAUUGGCGGGCGUUAUGAGAGCUUGG